AUGACAAGUAAUAAAAAAAUAAUUAGAGAAAAAAAUCGAAAACUAGUCGUUGUUGGUGAUGGAAUGACUGGUAAAACAUGUCUGUUAUAUGCAUUUGUUUAUGAUACAUUUGAUCCAAAUCAAGCAUCAACUAUUUUCGAUACUUAUGCUACAACUAUACAAAUAGACGAUAAAAAAAUUACAUUGGCUCUUUUUGAUACAGCCGGUCAAGAGAAUUAUGAUAUUCUUCGUCCACUUUCAUAUAAUGAUACAAAUAUUGUAUUGAUAUGUUUUAGUGUUAAUCAUCCAAUAUCAGCUAGAAAUAUUAUCCAAAAAUGGAAUCCAGAAGUACGACAUUAUUGUAGAUCAUGUCCAGUGAUAUUAGUAGCAUGUAAAAUAGAUUUAAGAACAGAUUCUCAAACGAUUGCAAAUUUAAAACAAACUGAUGAAAAACCAAUAACAACUGAUAUUGGUAGACAAAUAGCUACACAAAUCAAAGCUAAUGCUUAUAUGGAAUGUUCAGCUAAAACUCGUGAAGGUGUACAAGAAUUAUUUAUUCUUGCUGCUCGUUUAUCACUUGAAAAACAUUCUAAUCGUAAGAAAAGUUCUACAUGUGUAUUGUAUUGA